AUGAAUUUUAUUAACUGCCGCUUUUUCAAAAUGCCUUCAUACAAUCAAGAAAUUAAUGUGGAUCUGAAUUCUAAUGAAAAUGGUGCCUUGAAGACUGAUGCCAAAGAUGGCAAAAUCGAUGAGAGUCGGUAUAUGUCGGUCGAACAAAUUCCGAAUAACGCACCGGUGGGACUCAAUGCUGACCAGGAGAUCGCUUUUGCUUUGAGAGAUUUUUUGACCCCAUCGAGUACAGCGCUCAGUGAUGGAGAACCAUCUCCAUCCGCGUUAUCGCAGACACUACCUUUCAUAGAUGAACAGGUAGAUGGAGACGAUGCCACGCAUUCUGAGGAGGAGUUACAGCAAAGCCGUGAAACUGAAGAAGUGUUGAACAAUGCGGCUUGCCGGCUGAGGCGGUGGCGUGCUGCGUCAAGGAAGUUGCGCCGGCCACGGAUUAUAAACAAUCUGAGUUCUAAAGAUGAAAAAGAUAGCAACAUCAGCAAGGUCUGUAACUCUGGGCACACGGACCUGGCGGACCGGCUCCGCAGCCUGGCGGCGGCCGGCAGCAUGUCAGCGUCGGCUGGUGAGCUGCUGUCACUGGCGCCGCCGCCCCCAGCGGCCACCGCACCGCCCUCUCCUGGCUGUCUGCUCUCACCCUCGCUGGCAGACCAGAGCUCCGCAGAAUAUUUUGGCUCAAGUCCGGAGUGCUGUGCUGAUAAUGCAGGACUGGACUCUGCUAACAAUGCUGGGACACCAGCGCCACCUCCGGGCCCUCGGUACAAGCUGGCUUCCGAGGGAUCCCUCAGGGUAUGCUGCUUCCAGCACACCAGAACCGUAGUGGACAAGAUACUAGCAGCCAAAUUCCUAAGGCGAUGGGAAACACACGUGCUCUGCCUAGAGGAACAACAUAUUAUUUCUAAAACGCCCUCCGGCUUGUUAGAGCAUCCGUUGUCAUACAGUUGUAUGCAGGAGGUGUACUGCAUCUCACGUUGGGAUCCUGCAAGGAAAUACUGUCUUCGAAUAGUCAUGCCUCAUGGAUCUCUUCUGCUACAGGCUAACGACGCUUAUACGCGGGACCAAUGGUAUCAUUCCAUUAUAUGGAGGAGAAACAUGAUAAGGUACAAGAAUUUCCUAACAAAGACUGUGAGAAAAGAAGUCGUCUUGAAAGAAUUAAAGAAUAUGGUGGACUUUGUAAUGACUACGCCUCUACAAGACGAAAGUGUGACUCGCGCGCCUCUACAGAUCCUGACCGAUUUACUAUCAGAGAAUAAAGAAAGUGAGGACUGGGAAGAGUGGGCGGAGAUGGUGACGAGUGCGGCGGCGCCGCUGUUAGCAGAGCGAUGCGCGGCCGGCGACCUGUGCGCCCUGCUAGCGCGCCUGUGCAGGAGACGGCCGCGGGCAGCACCACUACCUGCGCUCGCACCACCCGUACGAAGGGUGCUCACGCGCAAUGUAGACUUCGCCAGAGCCCCCAACGGCAGGCGACUCGUUAGAGAUUAUAUCAGUGCCUUGAGCGCGCAUAACUCGGGCAGUUCCCUAGUCCGCCGAUUCGUUGAAGUGACGCACGGGAACCGCGCGACGUGCCCAUAUCCUCGAGCGGCUCCCAACCUUGCUGCAGUCGCGCUGGCCGCAUUGGAUGACCACUACCGUGACUCUGCGACCCCACACGUCUGCGAUGAGUCUGAAGAAGAAGUCUUAUGUUUUGCCGAUAUCUUGGAACACAUGUGCGAGUAUGAAGAUUGGCUUGUCGUAGUAGGUGCUGUAUUGCAACCAGUUCCUUUAUGCGCGGGCGCUAUGAGUUGCCCACGCGUCGCUAAGAGGCUAGGAAAACUAUUGAAUGCGUUAGCGCAUGACCAACGCUGCGCGGCACACGCAUGCGUGGCCCCCGCCCGAGCCGCGAGGCUCUGCCCACCGUCCUGGCUGAGAGCUGCAGCGCCCUCAGAUCCGCUGCUUGCUCUGCCAAACGAAGAAUUAUGUCAGAUUUGGGGAGAUAUGUUGGGAGGCCUGCUUAAUUGUUGCUGUAAACGAAAAAGUUUCCUGCAGAGUAUGAGCAAACAGCUUCCCGAUUUUGUUUUAGUCGCAUUAACCGCUCACCCAGCUGCUAUAGAGGCUCUAUGUUUAUUUUUGGAAUGGGAGGUUACAACUGGAGAGCAGACUCAAUUGGAAAUUAUUGCUACGUUACAAGGCACCGAACUUGGUCAGAAAUAUUACAGAGAUCUGUGCGAGAGACAGCAAAAUCUUCAACGACUGCAAUCAGAAGGUGGUCCUCGUCGACUAGCGCUGCCAGUUCGCGCGACUGAUGCAGACGUUGCGGAACUGUUGGACGCCGGCGCUCUCGGCAACCUUGAGUGCCUCUCCCUUGCUUUCACCAGCGUCACCAGCGCAUGUGCACAUCACCUCAUUAAGUUGCCAUCUCUACGCUACUUGAACCUGUGGGCUACCAAGUUUGGCGACAGCGGUGUGCAGCUAAUUGCUGAGCAUCUUCCUAAGCUUCAGGUCCUUAACCUUUGUGAGACGCCCGUCUCCGACAAGGGAAUAGAGGCAUUAUCUGGCCUCUCCAAUUUACGGCGUCUAAAUCUGAACAGCACCAAGUUAUCAGCUGAAGCAUUUGAAGUUCUACGCCAGCGUCUGCCCCACCUCCAGGAGUACGACAUACGGUAUACGGAGGCUUGGUGA